AUGUCGAAUUCAAUCAUGAUGAAUAUUUCAAAACCGAUAUCUAGUCCUUGCCCCGCCAACGGCCGUCAAACCGUUGGGGAUGGGGCUUUCUCUACCGACGCUACUCCUAGUGUGCUUGCUGUUUGCCACGUACAGGGCAAUGACAACAUGUACUACUACUCUACUACGUUCUCUGGCGGGCCUGGGGUACGUUUUUCUGGCGGUUUUGACGUCCCUAAAUCCAAAUGCCCUCCUGACCGAGGGUCGUCGGACUGUGUGAGAGACAGUCCGGCGUCGAUCGCCAAAUCCGCAUAUUCCACUCUUCUUCGUGCCACCUCCGCUUCCCCCGCUUCGCCUUCCUACUUUUCUUCCCGCCCUGCAGCUCCCGCCUCCGGCCCAACGGCUCAAAAGCCUCUGUACUUCCCGCUUGCCGAGUCUCUUCCCCAAUCGGCCGUAUCCCCUCAACCGAUUCCCAAGUCUGCGGUUGCGGCAUAUGCGCACGAACUUGCGACACCCCCCCUCACGCCGGACGAUGACGACGAUGACGACUCCUCCGAAUCGGGCUCGGACCUCGGACAGACGUCUGACGAUGCGCUUGAGCUACUCGCCGCGCUGUUCCCCCGAGACGCGGUGAAUGCCCUGCCCCACGCCAAGCGUGUGUCCAUUUCUUCCCCGGGCAUUGGCGCAUCCUUCGAUGGGGUCGUACUCACGCUGCCGGGCAAGCCACGAACCCUGUACGUCGACGGGAAGAGCGCCGAGAUCGUCAGCUUGCGUGAGAGUAUCGUCGCCCUCCUUGACUUGGCGGAUGAACAUCUCGAGUGCAAUGCGCUCGUCAUUGCGCUCGAAAAAACUACCCCGGCGCUGGGCGACCUCUUGCACUCGCUCAUGUAUGUCGGCGGCACCGUCGUUACUAAACCUCCGUUCCAGGUCGACUCCGCGUACAUCCUCGUCGGUCUGGAGAUCUAA